AUGGCUGCCUCCAGCGCGUCCAAACCGCCGGAGGAUGCGUCCAAGCUGGGCUACUCGUACGUCACGCCCGCCGGGAUGUGCCUCCGGUUGCGCCAGAGUCUCGCCCAGUUCAGCGAUCUGUUCAGCGAGUUCAACAAAUACAUCGCCCCGGCGUACCAUCACGACCGGUGCGAGCGGUCCGUCCACAUGCGGCUGUACUCGAUGAACAAGCGCGAGUUCGCGACCGUCUUCCUAGCCUUUUUCGCCUGCUUCGGGCUCGGCAUCUUCAUCGGGCUGGCCGGCCCGCCCAUCACGGUGAUGAGCAAGGUGAGCGGCGGCUCGCUGCAGCCGAACGGCACGGUGGCGGCGGCGGCCGGCGACGGGGCACCGGGCGCCUACCUGGCCCGCGGCCCGUUUGUGAUGCGCACCCCGCUGCUGACCACCUACUCGCAGCAGCUGUGGAUCAUUGCCAAGCUGACGACCGACAACACGGACGACGAGAUGGUGGACAAAAAGUUCCACCUGAGCGUGCAGAUCGAGGGGCUGACAGUCGACCACAAGCCGAUGCCGGUGUACGGCGGCGCGCACAAUGGCGGCACGGACGUGCGGAACCGCACCCGCCACCUGUCCUGCAGCUACGAGGAGUGCGACGAGUUUACCGUGCUGCACAUCGGCUUCCUCGACUACGCGCACUACAUCGUGACGGUGCAGUUCUACGGGCUGGAGGCGUUCCACCAGCGGUACAACAUCCGGACCGUGCAGUUCUACUUCAAGUCGUACAAUCCCGCGUUCACGCAGAUCGAGAUCUGGUUCCGGUUCAUCUUCGUGCUGUUCACGUUCAUCAUCACGUGCUGGUUUGCUCACACGCUGCGGAAGUACCCGAUGGGCGACUGGUCGAUCGAGCAGAAGUGGCUCUCGAUACUGUUGCCGCUGCUGCUGCUGUUUAACAAUCCGCUGUUUCCGCUCAUCUUCAUCGCGAACAGCUGGCUGCCGGGCAUGAUCGACGCCCUGCUCCAGACCACCUUCCUCUGCGGCAUUCUCAUGUUCUGGCUGUGCGUGUACCACGGGCUGCGGCAGAACGAGCGCAAGCUGCUUACCUUCUACCUGCCGAAGCUGAUCGUCGUGCUGCCGAUCUGGCUGUGCGCCGUGGUGCUCGGCAUCUGGGAGAAGUGCGAUGAGCUGAACGACCCAACGUACAGCCAUUUCGAGGACUCGGAAAACUAUAACGGUUUAAAGGUGUUCGUAUCGAUUGCGGGCGCCAUGUACUUACUCUAUCUGGGACUGCUGAUGCUGAAGGCGUACUCCGAGCUCCGAUCGAUGCCAUAUUUCGAUAUGCGACUAAAAAUCCUCACCCUGCUGAUGCUGAUCGUGCUGUCAAUUUCGCUGAUCGUCACGAUGCAACAUUUCGGCUUCGACACGCUCGAAGACAACUUCAUUGCGCAGCUGUACACGAGCUACAAAAGCUCGGCCCAGUUUAUGUGCUUCUACGGUUUGCUGAACUUCUAUCUGUACGCGAUGGCCUACGUCUACUCGCCGAGCGGUCCGGCCGUGCACGAACCGAUCAUAGCGAAGGAUAAUCCAACGUUCUCGAUGAUCAACGACUCGGACGAGGAGGUGAUGUACGGUUCGGACGAGGAAAGCCGCCGGCCGCUGAACUCCGCCUGCCGAAAGGGAAACGAUUACGAUAGCGAUUAAGGCGACUGGCGACACCACUGGCGCAGAUUACGCGCAACUUACUAUUCCCAUCUCUUCCUUUACCCGGCGGCAAAAGAGUCCGUGCCGCCCAGUUCAUUUGGUUCGUGUCGUUGUCGGUCCGGGUUGAUGCGCUGCCAGCGUAGGUGCCAUCCAGGGUAGGACAUUUUCAAGCAGGGUAAUUAAUUAGGUUGACACCACAGAGAAUACGUUGUGAACGCGUCAAUUAGUUUCAACCACACUCGUUUUUAUGCAUUUUCCGGCUUUGGUGCAGCCCACGAUACGCGGUUGUUUACAGGGACAGCCCGCUUUGUUUACGUUCUGUGACAGCUGGUUUUCGUGGCGGAGGCGUGCACGCGCCCGUUUACCUUAACCCGGGUGCGUUUCUCACGCGCCAUCGAAUGACAGCCGGCUUGCAGCGGUGUACCCAACGGACGACAAUUUUGGCAAAACAGGCAUUUUCCUCCCUUUGCUCCCUCGACAUUGCUAGAACGAUUCUAAUCAAUCUUUAAACCAAUUGCAGCCAGAUAUAUGCGUGUGCAGGUCUAGUUGUUACAAACUAUGUAAAUGUACGUGUGUGUGCGUGUGCGUGUGUGAGUGUGCGUGUGAGUCUGAGUUUCUUUUUGCCUAGUAAACGUUAACCACCCGGUUACUCCCAUUCCCAAAAUUUUAAGGCAAGAAUAAACAUUCAAGUACGCACGGGUUGGCAUGAAUACAUGAAGUUCGUUAGCGAAACUAAGAUAAUAAUUGUUUGCAGAAAGUCAAGAUAGAGAGCGAGAAAAGGAGUAAGAGAGAAAGAUACAGAGAGAGAGAGAGAGCGAGAGAGAGAAAGGAGAGAGAGAGAGCGAGAGAGCGAGAGAGAGAAAGAGAAAGUGAAAAUAGGAAAAUAGAACAAUUAAACUUCUGGUAUGUGAAUUAUUCCGACUCACGUACCAAGGUCCAGUAAUAUAGAAAUAUCUGGUUCACGGUUGCGAUGUAAUCAUCAAUUAGAUAAUGUAUGAAAUAAAAUAACGACUAAUCUAA